AUGGCUCUAUCAUUAAGUAGUUGCAUGACCACUUGUUCCAAUUAUUGGACUACAAGGGAAACGUCUUUCUUGCUUACAGCCAGAAGUGAGUUCGAACCAAAGUAUAGAUUUGAGAGAUGCCAAAAAGUGAGAGGAACAUGUAAAACAUUUUGUGAUGAUGAUGAAUAUGAUUAUGGACACUGCAUUAAAUGGAGAAAUCAGUGCUGCAUAUAAACUCUGGAAAACAGAAGUAAUACCAAGCAUCAAAUUUGGAACAGAGAUGCAACUUAUUUACUCAAGAUACCUUAAAGCCACUGCUCCAUUGUCUUCAAGCUUGCAUUAUAUCUGAUGAGGAAACCGCUGUCAUCCCUAUCUUUUGUUAUUUGCCACUGAAAAGUGAUUGCUGGCAUGAGGUUUUCUAGCAGAGAUCUGGAAUUGCCCCUGCAAGCAACCUAGGCUUUUCUAGUGUCUUGAAUGAUGUAGAAUAUACUUUAGGUGUAUUUCCCAUUCUUCAGGUGUUUGAUGAAGGGAAACCAGAACUUCCUUAAGUACUUGGAUGGGAUUUUUCUAAUUUUUUUUAUUUGUUUAUACCAAUGUGCAUUAAAAUAACCAUUUACUAUAA